AUGCCGAACAACUCAGACACUAUCCAAUCGCUCGGAAAAGUUCUCGUCGUCGGAGGCUGCGGCUUUCUAGGAAGCCACAUCGUCAGCUUGAUCGUCAAGCGUCACCCCCAGACACAAAUCGCCGUGCUCGAUCUACGAACCAACUCGAAUCGCAACGCCAGCCCGAACGUCUCCUACCACGAUGGCGAUAUCACGGAUGCUCCUGCCAUGAAGGCUCUGUUCUCGCAGAUCAAGCCCGACGCCGUCAUCCACACAGCAUCACCACACUUCGAUCUGAAGCCUGAGAUUCACGACAAGGUCAAUGUUGGGGGUACCAAGGUCCUGCUGCAGGCCGCGCAAGAGUCUGGGGUGAAGGGCUUCGUGUACACAAGCUCAGCAAGUGUUAUCCUCGACCACGUAAACGAUCUCGUCAACGCAGACGAGAGAUGGCCGCUUGUUACUGGCGACGACCAGCCUGAGUACUACACAACCACAAAGGCCUACGCCGAGACGGCCGUCCUCCAAGCGAACCGCCAUCCUGAGAACUCCCCCAACUUCCUGACCUGCGCCAUCCGUCCCGCUGGUAUCUUCGGCGAAGGCGACGUACAACUGCUCCCUAAGAUGGUAGGCGCAUACCGCAAAGGACAAACCAAGUUCCAAGUCGGCGAGAACACCAACCUGUUCGACUUCACCUACGUCGAGAAUGUCGCAUACGGCCACGUGCUCGCUGCUAUCGCGCUCCUCCAUACCCACAAACGCCUCCCCAGCAUUCCUCUCGACAACGAGCGUGUCGACGGCGAAGCCUUCCUCAUCACCAACGGACAACCUGUAUACUUCUGGGACUUUGCGCGUGCGGUAUGGCACGAGGCGGGCGACCGAACACCGUUGAGCAGCGUGUGGCAUCUCAGCACCGAGUUCAUGUGGGCUAUUGGCACGAUCCUAGAGAAUGUCUUUUGGCUCAUGGGAAAGAAGCCUAAUCUGACUAGGGCUCAGGUCAAGUACAGCAGCAUGUCCAAGUACCACAGCAUCAACAAGGCGAGACUGCGGUUAGGAUAUGAACCUCUUGUUACUUUAGAUGAGGGUAUCAAGAGGGGUGUACAGUAUAUUCUGGAGCAGGAGAAGAAAGCUGGGGAGAAGAAGGGUCAGUAG